AUGAGCACCCCGCCUUCGCCCGAAGACCGGCCCAACAGGGGAGCGGAAAGUCCCACGCGGAAACGUUCGCAUUCCGAGAUGGCCGCGGGAAAACAGGGUGUUCAACGUGCCUCACCAGUUCCACCAACUGAAAUCUCCUCCGCCGGCUCUGAUUCUAGUGACAAGGAGGAUGACUCUGUCAAGCCAACGUCAAUGCCUCCGCUCGAAAAUGUCAAUGCCCACGAGCAACCCGAAACCCAAUUCCAAAUGGGUGACGAUGAGCUGGAUCCAGAGCAGCCGCUCAAAGACUUCGACUGGCAAGAGCUGGAGGAAAGAUACCACAAUGCGAUGGCGGUAAAACUCGAUGAAGACCAACAGCUGUGGACUGAGUUUGAGCGACUCAUGAACUUCUUUCAACUUUGGGCUGGUACCACACCACACCACGAAACUGACCGGAGCUUCUAUAGACUGCGUACGCGUAUGGCUCAUGUCCAGAAUUCAGAACGCGAACUUGAGAAGAAGAGGGAGCAUUACACGAAAGUUGUCCAAGCAUUCGAACGUGCGCUCCGCCUUCUCGAGGCUUGA